UUCUAGUUAAAGUUUAUUUUGAAUAACCUAUUCUACAUGCACUCUUUUGUCAAAAUGUUUUGACUAAAUCCUUGUGACAAAAUAAACACAUAUUUAAUAUGAACCGGGUUCAUAAAAUAAAACUAAAAUAUAUACCACGGAAAUCCAUCAGCAACUUGGCUCUUUUUGUUUACAUGCGAAUCUAUGGGCGGACCCAAUUAAUAGGUAACGAGUCAAGUUAUUCGUAGUAGCUCCCUUCUUUCUUAACCAAGUCGCAACUUUGACCGGCCGGAUUUGGAUGGUCCGUCAGGGGAUUAAAGGAAUAACUAGAAUAAAUUUAGGAACAUCUGGAGAUGGGUAUGAUCGGGUGGUUAAGCUGGUGGCACGAUAAUACUCUAAUGGUCCGUUAGUGAUCCAAAUUUGUCGUUCAAAAAAAAGUAGGGGUGUGCAAAAACCAAAGCAUAACCGAAAACUUAAUUGUUAACCGAAAAAAUUAACUGAAAAUUGACCAAACCCAUUAGUUAUGGUUAAACAAUCUUCACCGGAAAUGAACAUAAUUUCUAAAAUAUAUAAUUCAAGUUGGUGAACAUUAAAUUUUUAUAUUUUAAUAGCUUGCAAUAUUUGUUGUUACUUGGUAAUUAGCAGGGGCGGAACCAGAGGGGGGUCAAGAGGGUCCGUUGACCCUCCGGUCACCGGAACUUUUAGAAUUUUUAUUUAUAAAAUUUGAGUUUUUGAAGAACAAUCAUAGAGAUGGACCCCCUAAUUUGAACCAGUAUAGAAUAUAAGCUUAUGAUGACCCCCUAACUAAAUCGUUCUGGUUCCGCCACUGGUAAUUAGGUUAUGGAGUCUUAACUAUUGUUGUUGUUUAUUUAUAAAUCAUAUUUUGUGUUUCUAGAAACUAACAGGGAUCGUUCGGGUUUUGUAGUUCGUGUCAUACUUUGUAAAUUUAUUGAUUUGUUCUUCAUUUUUCAAUAAGAUGUUUUCGAUUAUGAACUCACAUGAACCAUGCAUUUUACCAUGUAUAACCUAGUAUAGAACAUCAUAAUCAAACCAUUUUCAGUUUAAACAAAGCAAAAAAAAUAAAAAUAAGAACAAAAAUACAUUGGACAAUCAACCAAAAAUAACUAAAACUGGUUUAUAACCAACGGUUAACGGAAUCAUGCUUAACUGACCAUUGGUUAUAGUUAUGGUUAAGUAAUUCUCCAAAACCAAAUUUCGGUUAUUGUUAUUGUUAAGGUUAAGCCUUCAUAACUGAACCGACUUUGGAUAUCCCUAACUAAGAGGAAAAGAGCCAUGAAAACCGGAUAAAAAAAGCAAUAUUUUCUAAAACGGACCUCUACCCGUUAUUUUAAAAAUUCACAAAUAACGUUUUUUUUUAAAUAUGACAUGUUCUAACCCAAACAAACCCGUUAAGACUUAUUACCCCGCCUAAACAAGUAACCCACCCCUUUCACAAGUUUAAGAAAUCAAGUUGCAUGGUGGGGGUAACAAAGCAAGUGUGAUAAAAAGACAAACCAUCGAUAAAACCAAACUCAUUUGGCUACUUCCUUCCUUCCUUCCUCCUCGAACCACCCUCGCGCCCACCUUUUACCUUCAAAUUCACCCCUAUAAAUCUUUUCAUAUCACUCCUCAUUUUUCCACUUCAAAUUCAACAACUCAAUUCCAUUUAUCAUCAUCAAUGGCUUCCGAACAAGAAUCCUCAACUCUAGACCUCAUCCGCCAACACCUCCUCAUCGACGACGCAUCCUUCUUUCAAACCUACCCUCAAACUUCACCAUCAACUAAUGGUAACGUUGAAACUAAUUACCGUAAUACUUUAAAAGAACGAAAACCCGCUAUAAACAUCUCAAUUCCCUUAGUGGCGGAAAGAAUACAUUAUAGAGGAGUAAGACAACGGCCGUGGGGAAAGUUCGCAGCCGAAAUCCGUGACCCGAAUAAAAAAGGAACACGGGUUUGGUUGGGGACGUUUGACACGGCCGUACAAGCAGCUAAGGCGUACGACCGUGCAGCGUUUAAGCUUCGUGGUAAUAAGGCGAUAUUAAAUUUCCCGUUGGAAAUUGGGUGUUCGCUGGUGGAGGUGAAGAGUAGUGGGCGGAAAAGGGUUGUUAGAGAGACGGAACUAGAUGUUGAACCCUGGAAACAACCGAAAGUUGAGCCGGAAACCAAGGUGUGUGACGUCGUUAAGACAACGGAUGGGGGUGGUGUUGUGCCGUUAACACCGUCUAGUUGGACGGCUGUUUGGGAUUUUGGUGAGGGUAACGGGAAAGGGAUAUUUGAGGUGCCGCCGUUAUCACCUUAUCCUGAUAUGAAGUUUUCGUCUGGGUGUAUAGUUGGUUAGAUAAAGGGCUUCUAACGGUGUUUGGUUACUAAAUUCAUUUUAUUUAUUGAUUAUUUUUAUGAUUUUGGAUUUCAGUCAUUUCACUUUGUUCGUUUACUAGGGUAGUUAGUGUAGUUUCUACUAAAAAGGACAAAGCUCAUUAUAUCAUUGUUUGUAGUGGGUUCGUUAUUGUAAUUUCUAAGUAUUUUGUAUUGUUGUUAAAUAAAUUUGGUGAGACUAAAGUAUAAGUA